GCAUAUAGGCCUUUUCAUGUGACAGAUCCGUGCAUGCAUUUGUUUACAAAGCUUGAACAACAGCUGCUAACAAGAACGUGUCAUCUUCAUAGAAGAACUGUCAAACGCCAGAACAAUCAGCUGAUUUAAGACGUCAAAUGAAAAGGCCCAUUUUAAGGGUGGUAUGCAUCCUAUGCAUCGUGUUACGCGCGCAAUCUCCGCAAUCUCAUGACGAAAGACGAUAUCAAAAUCCUUCGUGUUUCGCGGAUCUUUCCCCUUUCGUUCAGUUGUUUCCUGUUAAGAACUGUGCUGAAAUGUCCCUGAAAGCGGUUCCGGUGUGCACCAACUGUCGUCGAUCCAGUGAAGUGUCCAUUUCGUGCAGCAAGUGUUUCCAAAUCUGCUGUGCCACCUGCUUCAAUAAACGGAACGACAUAUUUAACGUUUCGGCCAUGGAUAUCAAUGAUGCGGAAUCUCGUCCCUGUCCGAAGUGCACUGACAGCGGCAACGGUGGUAGUGGUUCGCCGGCGAACUGUUCCACCGCCAUUAAGAGGGAACCGGUGCAGGAUGAAUCUCCGACAACUACUACUACGGAAACGGCCACGCGUGGGCUCUGCAAGCUUCACCGUAAGGAUUGCAAGCUGUAUUGCACCCAGUGCAACGAGGCCAUCUGCGGGCUGUGUAUCGAUGAGGGCCAACCGCACGAGCUGCACCACAUCGACAACUACUCCAUCGUCUACCGAGAGAAGGUAGAGGAAAUGAACCGUAAGUUGGACCAGGCGAACAAGCAACUCGAAUCCUUGGGUGGGUCCGGUGCCAUUUACGGAUGGAAUCUGAAAAUGUUGGAGAAAGAGGAGGCAGCAGUGCUGAAGGAAAUCGCAGCCGUGUCGGAGUCGUCCAAAUUGAAAGUAACGCGCUUGACGAGCAUCCGGAAGGAGCGGCUUCGCGCGCAACUGCAAUUUCCGGUGGAACAUGGGAAGCUUGUGACCGAGGCAAGGGCCACGGUUAAGAAUUCAACCGUGGAUGAGUUUAUGAAGAAUCUGCAGAAGAUGGAUCAGCUUUGUACGAAUCUGGCCUCGGCUCCAUCGAAGCACAGUGGUGUUUGCUUGGAGACGGCAGAUGACAUUGAGUGUGAACUGGUGCCGGCGUACAAAUUCGGAUUGUGCACAUCAGUGGGUCUGUUCCGAGCGGGCAACUCCGAAAACAAAUACACCCUGACAGCGCCUUACGACGUUGCUUGGCUCGUAACACUUCUGAAGUCGGAUAAACUUCAAAUCAUGAUCAGUCCCAGCGAUCCCGAAUUCCUGAAAUUUCCCCACAAGCUGGUGGUGAUAAUAUCACAUCCCAGCUCACAGGAAGAAAUCCGCGAAACGUUCGAUCAAAAGGACAAUGUGCAAACAUUCGACAUUGUCCAAGUGUCCCGACUUGUCCAGCAGGGCUACCAAAAGAACAACAGCGAAGAUCUGGUGGUGAAAGUUGGUAUUCGUCCUGUGAACGCUACGGUUGAGAAGCAACUGUUGGCCUACCGAUACCAACAAGAGAAAGCCAAGAAAUCAAGCGCGGAACUUAGUUUGGCUUCAGCCGAGUUGAAGUUGUCUGCCAUAACCGGAAAAACGGAUUACAACCAUCACUGCAUGUACUUCGUGCAGAAAAUGAACAAAUUCUCGAAGGGUUGGGACAAGUCUUCGUUGCACAUCGUAGACGAUUCGGGUAGACAGUGGCGUUUGAAUGUGUACCCCAACAACGAGAUUGGAGUCUAUAUCGAGCUUUGCAAAGGUGCACCCACCAAGAUAAGCUACUUUGUCGAGCUGAAACAUAAGGAGCCUACGAAGACGCUCGUCGGAUCUUGCCUGUCAGCGAACGCCAAUGUCCACGAGGACUUGGGAUGGGAGUGCUUCAUAAAAUGGAACGCGUUGAUGAAGGAUGAUGGCUUCUAUCCGGAUGGAAUUCUACGCUUCCGGUUCGGAGUACGACCGCUGCCUUUUUGAAUGGUAUAUUGAUAGAACUGUUUUUUUUUUAACGCGUUCAGCCUUUAUUUCAAAAGUGAAUUCGAAUACAACGACUUAUAUUUUAGAUUGGAAGAUUAUUGUUACCGUUAUGUAUUUUAGAAACACAUUUU